AUGACCGCUCCACUUGAGCAAAGGUCUAUCGAUUUCGCCACAUUCACGGACCUGCAGCUCUUCGAACAAUUCGCUGCGGCUUCUUACUGCAAAAGCAACAAUAAUGUCACUGCCGACGGCAGCAAGCUCACAUGUCCAAGCCACAACUGCCCUCUUGUCGAAGCUGACGACGUGACCACUGUCCACGAGUUUCAGAACUCCGGACUCCUAACGGGCGUGACUGGCUACAUAGCCGUCGACCACACCCUCUCGCUUACGAUCCUUGCGUUUCGCGGCUCCCAUUCCCUCCGCAACUGGGCCGCUGAUCUUGACUUUGCGCUUAUCCCCACCGACAUCUGCCCUCAAUGCUUCUGCCACCAAGGAUUCUACAACAGCUGGCUCGAAGCCCGCUCCGGCGUUCUCGCAGCCAUCAAAACCACGGCUUCCACCUACCCCACCAACCGCGUCGUCGUAGUCGGGCACAGCCUCGGCGGCGCCAUCGCCGACAUCGCCGCCGCCGAGAUCAGAAAGGCGGGCACCGACGCCGAUCUCUACACGUACGGCGCACCGCGCAUCGCCGGACCCGCGCUGAGUGAAUACAUCACGAAGCAGAACAAGGGGGGCAAUUUCCGAGUGACGCAUUACGACGACCCGGUGCCGCGACUGCCGCCUCGCGCGUUGGGGUACGUGCACAUCAGUCCAGAAUACUACAUCGAUACCGUGACUGGGGUCGUUCCGACGGCGGAGGACAUCACCGUCCUGAGCGGGGAUGUAAAUCUGUUGGGGAAUACGGGGAAUGAUCGUAACAGGACGGAUGUAGCGGCGCAUUCGUGGUAUUUUAAUAGGGUCAGCGCGUGUAGCCCGAAAGGGUUCGAGUUUAGAAAGAGAAGGGAUUUGUCACGAUAG